AGAGGUGGGGCUCAUGAAACAUCAGGGGGAGGAAUUACUUAUGUAAACUAGGGCAGCAGAUUUAGCAGAGGGAGGCACUGGCUGGAGAUGGGAGCAGUGAAUUGUCAAAAGGGGCAACAUGCCCAGGAAUCUGUUUCUCAUAAGCAGGGUGGCAGCAUCUGGGUCCCUUUUGUCAGAGGUUGGAGAUACCUUUGGUCAGGUAUAGGAAUCACCAAAUCAGGUCUGGAAGAUCCAUGGGUAAUACAAAGACAUCAGUGUUUGCAUCCAGAGUCCUUGAAGUCAUCCUUACCACCAGUAGAGAAACCUCUGUUAGAGUGGCCAGUGUCUCAGUUUAUCAACCUCUUUCUGCCAGAAUUUCCCAUUCAGCCCCGCAGAGGGCAGCAGCAGUUGAAGAUAUUAGGCCUUGUGGCUAAAGGCUCCUUUGGAACAGUCCUCAAGGUGCUAGAUUGUGGCCAUAAAACAGUAUUUGCAUUAAAGGUAGUGCCCAAGAUAAAGGUCUUACAGCAGGAUAUCCUAAAACAAUGCAAAGAGGUGGUUAUCAUUCAGCAACAGAUCAGCCAUCCAUUUGUACACAGUUUGAGGGACAGCUGGCAGGGAAAACACCACCUCUUCAUUAUGUGUAACUAUUGCAGCACAGAUCUGUACUCCCUAUGGUCUGCUGUUGGCUGCUUUGCUGAAACCCCCAUCCGCCUCUUUGCUGGUGAGCUGGUCCUGGUACUGUGCUAUCUUCAUGAUUUGGGCAUCAUUCACCGAGAUGUUAAAAUGGAGAAUAUUCUUCUAGAUGAACGAAACUAUCUGAAACUGACAGACUUUGGUCUGUCCCGCCAUCUGCCCCAGGGGACCCAAGCAUAUACUAUCUGUGGUACUCUUCAGUACAUGGCCCCAGAAGUCCUAAGUGGAGGUUCUUACAACCAUGCUGCUGAUUGGUGGUCCCUGGGUGUCUUAAUUUUCUCUCUGGCAACUGGAAAGUUCCCAGUGGCUACAGAGAGAGAUCAUGUGGCCAUGUUGGCAAGAGUGACCCACUGUGACACUGUCAUCCCGACUCUUACUCAGGGGCUCUCACUCCUACUCCAUGAGCUUGUGGGAAUGUGGCCUUCAGAUAAGAGUUGGAAACAAGGGAAGACGCAUGAUCCUCAACCCACAUCCACAUCCGUGCACUCGGGAUAG